AUGGCGGCAAAGAACGCCGGCGGAUCCGGGACGGCGGCGGCGGAGUCCUCCUCCGUGUCCUCCGACGAGCUGGCCGCGAAGGCGGUCCACAAGCGGUUCGAGGGCCUGGUGAUGGUGCGGACCAAGGCGGUCAAGGGCAAGGGCGCCUGGUACUGGGCCCACCUCGAGCCCACCCUCGUCCUCAAUUCCGACACCGGCCUCCCCAGGGCCGUCAAGCUCCGGUGCUCCCUUUGCGACGCCGUCUUCUCCGCCUCCAACCCCUCCAGGACCGCCUCCGAACACCUCAAGCGGGGCACCUGUCCCAAUUUCGCCGCCGUUCCCCAGCCCAUCUCUUCCGUCCCCUCGCCCUCCGCCGUCUCCCUCUCAGCCGCUUCCAACCCGCCGCAGGCGACCAGCGUUUCCUCUCCCUCCUCCCACCAGCCGCCGCCGCACAACCACCGCAAGCGCAACAGCUCCGGCGACCGGCGCGGCGGAGGUGGCGCCACCCCUAACUCCGGCGGCUCCCCGGCGCCGUUCUCCCCUCACCACGCAGUCCCCCCGCCGGCCGUCGUCGACCCUUCAAGAUUCACCGUCGAUUUAGCCUACCCACCCGCCGUCUCCGUCGUCAACACCGGCGUCGCUGCCUCCGCCAGUGCCAGCCCCGCCGCUGCCGGAGGCGGCACCGGCCCAUACUCCCAGUCCCAGCCCCACCUCCACCCCCAUAACCAGCAGCUGGUUCUCUCCGGCGGGAAAGAGGACCUAGGUGCCCUGGCAAUGCUGGAAGACAGCGUCAAGAGGCUUAAAAGCCCGAAAGCCUCUCCCGGGCCUACACUCAGCAAGGACCAAAUCGACUCGGCACUCGACUCACUCGCCGAUUGGGUCUUCGAGUCCUGCGGCUCCGUUUCCUUCUCGAGCCUCGAGCACCCCAAGUUCAAAUCUUUCCUCAAUCAAGUCGGACUACCCACAAUUUCCAGACGAGAGCUCCUCGGCUCGAGAUUGGACACUAAAUACGAGGAGGCCAAAGCCGAGUCAGAAGCCAAAAUUCGAGACGCCAUGUUCUUUCAGUUGGCGGCCGACUGGAAACCCAAGGACGGCGACCACACCGGAGAGGACAACAGCCUCGUGCAUUUGGCCGUGAAUCUCCCAAACGGGACCAACGUCUUCCGGAAGGCAGUUUUCACGAGCGGUUAUGUCCCGUCCAAAUACGCAGAGGAUAUCUUGUGGAACACCUUAACCGAGAUUUGUGGCAAUACACUGCACCAGUGUGUGGGGAUCGUCUCGGACAAGUUUAAGGCCAAGGCACUGAGGAAUUUAGAGAGUCAACAUCAUUGGAUGGUCAACAUCUGCUGUCAGCUCCAAGGCCUCACCAGCUUGAUCAAGGAUUUCUGCAAGGACCUUCCUUUAUUCAAGAACGUGACUGAAAAUUGCUUCAAGGUGGCAAAUUUCAUCAACAACAAGUCCCCAAUUCGGCACAGCUUUCACAAAUACCAGCUGCAAGAGUACGGGCACGCGGGCUUACUGAGAAUUCCACUGCGGGGUUAUGAGGGAAAAUCGGAUUUCCGGCCAAUCUACUCAAUGGUGGAAGACAUACUGAGCUCAGCACGUGCCCUUCAGCUCGUGCUUUUAGACGAGCCUUACAAGAUGGCUUCUAUGGAUGAACCGGCCGCACGAGAAAUCGAGGAGAUGAUGAGGAACCCCCAUUUUUGGAACGAAUUAGAAGGCGUUCACUCUCUGGUCAAGCUCGUCAAAACAAUGGUUCAAGAAAUCGAGACCGAGAAGCCUCGUGUGGGCCAGUGCCUUCCCCUGUGGGAGGAGCUCCGGGUGAAAGUCAAGGACUGGUGUUGCAAAUUCCACAUUUCUGAGGCGCCCGUGGAGAAAAUAAUCGACCAGAGGUUCCGGAAGAAUUACCACCCGGCAUGGGCAGCAGCUUUUGUGCUCGACCCGCUUUAUCUAAUAAGGGAUGCAAGCGGGAAAUACCUUCCGCCUUUCAAAUGCUUGACGCCAGAACAAGAGAAGGACGUGGACAAGCUCAUAACCCGGCUCGUCUCGAGGGAGGAAGCUCACAUUGCGUUGAUGGAGCUUAUGAAGUGGAGAACGGAAGGCCUCGACCCGGUUUACGCGCAGGCCGUGCAGUUGAAGCAGAGGGACCCACAUACGGGGAAGAUGAAGAUUGUUAAUCCGCAGAGCAGUAGGCUCGUGUGGGAGACUUAUCUGACCGAGUUUAAAAUACUUGGGAAAGUGGCGGUUAGGCUGAUUUUUCUCCGGGCGAGCUCGUGCGGGUUCAAGUGCGGGUGGUCUAUGAUGAAAUGGGUGAGUGCUGCUCAUUCGCAUUCGAGGGUGGGGAUGGAGAGGGCACAGAAGCUGAUAUUUGUUUCGGCACAUUCGAAGGUGGAAAAAAGGGAGUAUUUUAGGGAUGAAGAAAGGGAUGCGGAGCUUUUCGGAUUGGAGAAUGGUGAGGAUGAUGUGCUGAAUGAGGUGUUUGUUGAUACAUCCUCUGUGAGCAUCUGA